CAGCCCACGAAAACGGUGAUGAUGUCAUAGGCGUUGCUCUCAGGAACAACACUUGCUCGGUCGACCUUGGAAUCCAGAACACGGAAUUCCUUUUUCAACGCGCAUCUUACAAACUAAUUCACUUCCAAUUUCUACGAGAACCGAAAAAGCCGACGAAAUCAGAACUUUCAGUACCCGGCACUAUCCAUCCACCUCACCUCCAUCAACAGCAGUCAGAUUCACCAUGAAGCUCGCGAGAACCUCCGCCAUCCGCAGCGUUUCGCGCCGCCCUGCCUUGCAGCAGGUGAACCGGCUCCGGCCCAUUCAGACUCGAUUCGCCAGCACCGAUCCUGGGUCGAAGGACUCCGUGGGCGACAAGGGAACCGCCAAGGUAUACAACCAGGACGGCACGAACCCCAACAAGAACCUGAUAUACCUCGGUCUCGGCGCUGUCGGUCUGGGAGCAAUGUAUGCCAUGUUUAUGUCCAAGCCGGGAGCCGUGGCUAGCAAGGCAAAGGAGGGGGAUCCCGAGGGAGUUGCGCGGCAGAGGGCUGCGAAUUCGCCGCCGGCUCGUUGAGGCUGUCAGGAGUUCGCAUCGCUCUGUUUCCGACUUCAUGAAGUAUGAGUAUCUAUGGCCCUUCUGCCAGUUCCUGCCAACUUGAGCCCUGUGUUAUGCUAGCCCUGAACAUCAUCCAGAUCAUUCAUAUUGAUCGAUGAGGUACAAUCUAGGUUGCCAUUACCUCGGCCUUCUUGAAGCCGUAUUCAUAUCUGUCGCGGUGACAGGACAGUGCCCCUCUAAUUGUCUCCCCUCCUAAUCCUUCCCUUUCUUGAGCUUGUCUGCCCCUUGCCUUGCAUGUUAAAGCUUUAAGUCGUCUCAGUGUCCGCUCUCUCUCGGGAGCUUGUUCAUCUGCCAGCAGUUCUACACCUCGUAGUCAAGCGGCA